AUGUCCUUCGUGGAGCUGCUGUCCCGUCUGGGUGGCAUGGGCCGCUUCCAGGUGACCUACGUGGCCGCGCUGGCUGUCCCUCUGCUCAUGCUGGCCAGCCACAACCUCCUGCAGAACUUCACCGCCGGCAUCCCCGAGCACCACUGCCGGCCCCGGCCCGUGGCCAACACCACCGCGGCUGACGUCCCCCUGGUCGUGUCCAUCCCCUGGGACGGCCACCGCCGGCCCCAGAGCUGCCGCCGCUACGUGGAGCCCCAGUGGCACCUCUUGGACACCAACGGCUCGGCCAACGGCUCGGCCGCUGAGGCGGCCACCGAGCCGUGCCACGACGGCUGGACGUACCUGGAUGGCAUCUUCACCGACACCAUCGUCACCGAGUGGGACCUGGUGUGUGACUCCAAGAAGAUGAGGCAGGUGGCCCAGUCCAUCUACAUGGCCGGGAUCCUGCUGGGCUCCAGCCUCUUCGGGAUCCUCUCUGACAAGUUCGGGCGCCGGGCGCUGCUCACCUGGUGUUACCUGCAGCUGGGGGCGACGGGGGUGGGCACGGCCGCCGCCCCCUCCCUCCUGGUCUACUGCGUGUGCCGCUUCCUGACCGGGCUGGCCAUGGCCGGCGUGUCCCUCAACUCUGCCUCCCUCUGCAUGGAGUGGAUCCCGACGGAGGCUCGGGCCGUGGUGGGGACCAUCAAUGGCUACUGCUACACCCUGGGCCAGUUCGUGCUGGCGGCUGCGGCCUUCGGGCUCCCGCGCUGGCGGCAGCUCCAGCUUGCCGUGUCCCUGCCCUUCUUCGUCUUCUUCUUCUACUCCUGGCUGUACGUGGAGUCGGCGCGCUGGCAGGUGACCUCGGGCAGACCCGACCUGGCCCUGCGGGGGCUCCGCAAGGUCGCGAGGGUCAACGGCAGGAAGGAGGAGGGGGACAAGCUCAGCGAGGAGGCGCUGCGGGCUCUGGUGCGCCGGGAGCCGCCGCUGCCGGGCGGGGCCGUGGCCGCGCUCGUCCGGACCCCCGGCAUGAGGACGGUGUCGUGCGGGGUCUCCUUCGUCUGGUUCUCCACCAGCUUCGCCUACUACGGGCUGGCCAUGGACCUGCAGGGCUUCGGCUUCAACGUGUACCUGAGCCAGCUGGUGUUCGGCGCUGUGGACAUCCCGGCCAAGCUGCUGUCCGUGCUGGUCAUCUCCUGCCUCGGCCGGCGCCUGGCCCAGGGCGGCUCCCUGGCGCUCGCCGGCCUCUGCAUCCUGGCCAACAUCUUCGUGCCCAGCGAGCUGCCGACGCUGCGCAUGGCCUUCGCCGUGGUCGGGAAGGGCGCCUUGGCCGCCUCCUUCAACUGCGCCUACAUCUUCUCCGGGGAGCUCUUCCCCACCGUCAUCAGGCAGACGGGGAUGGGCCUGGGGGGCACCAUGGCCCGCGUGGGGAGCAUGGUGGCCCCCCUGGUGCGCAUGAUGGCCGACGUGACCCCGGUGCUGCCCCUCGUCAUCUACGGCGCCGCGCCCAUCGUCUCGGCCAUCGCCACCUGCUUCCUGCCCGAGACCCGCAACGCGCCCCUGCCCGAGACCGUCAAGGACGUGGAGCGGCGGAAGAAGAGGAAAAAAAGGAGGAAGAAGAGGAGGAAGAAGAGGAGGAAGAAGAAGAUUUGGGACAAUAAAACCCCUCCCCACAUCCCAGAAGGAAACCCAGGGAGAACCCAAAGGGAUCAGGAAUUUCAGGGGAGG